GGGGUUCGAGGAACCGGAAGUGCCGGGGCCCCUGCACCCGCCACCGCCUUAAAGUACCGAGUCCACCACCUUUAAGUAUCACGUCCGCCGCUGGGGCCGCGGCCGGCGCCGCCGCCGAGGAAGCUGCUAUAUCCCGGACGGGAGCGAAGGCGGCGCGGCAUGAAGCGGCGCAGGCCCGCUCCGUAGCGCGUCGGGACGGUCCGGGCGGGGCCGGGGGGAAGGAUUGGAUGGUGAGAAAAGGACAGAUUCCUGUGAGAAGAGAGCAGGAUGAGCAGAACGAUCCAUACUUGAAGUUGGGUCCCUUGAAAAUGAUCUCUUUGAGUGUGGAAGAGAUCUGAACAGAUGAAAAUACAAUCAGGAAAAUGCAACAUGGCAGCAGCAAUGGAGACAGAGCAGCUGGGUGUUGAGAUAUUUGAAACUGCAGAGUGUGAGGAGAAUAUUGAAUCACAGGAUCGGCCCAAAUUGGAGCCAUUUUAUGUUGAGCGAUAUUCUUGGAGUCAGCUUAAAAAGCUGCUUGCGGAUACCAGAAAAUACCAUGGCUACAUGAUGGCCAAGGCACCGCAUGAUUUUAUGUUUGUGAAGAGGAACGAUCCAGAUGGGCCUCAUUCAGACAGGAUCUAUUAUCUUGCCAUGUCUGGUGAGAACAGAGAAAAUACACUAUUUUAUUCUGAAAUUCCUAAAACCAUUAAUAAAGCAGCAGUCUUAAUGCUUUCUUGGAAGCCUCUUUUGGAUCUUUUUCAGGCAACACUGGACUAUGGAAUGUAUUCUCGAGAAGAAGAACUAUUAAGAGAAAGAAAACGGAUUGGAACAGUUGGAAUUGCUUCUUAUGAUUAUCACCAAGGAAGUGGAACAUUUCUGUUUCAGGCUGGUAGUGGAAUUUAUCACGUAAAAGAUGGAGGGCCACAAGGAUUUACGCAACAACCUUUACAGCCCAGUUUAGUGGAAACUAGUUGUCCCAAUAUACGAAUGGAUCCAAAAUUAUGCCCUGCUGAUCCAGACUGGAUUGCUUUUAUUCAUAGCAAUGAUAUUUGGGUGUCCAACAUUAUAACCAGAGAAGAAAGGAGGCUCACCUAUGUGCACAAUGAGCUUGCUAACAUGGAAGAAGAUCCCAGGUCAGCUGGAGUAGCCACCUUUGUUCUUCAAGAAGAAUUUGACAGAUAUUCUGGCUAUUGGUGGUGUCCAGAAGCUGAAACAACUCCUAGUGGUGGUAAAAUUCUUAGAAUUCUAUAUGAAGAAAAUGAUGAAUCUGAAGUGGAGAUUAUUCAUGUAACAUCCCCUAUGUUGGAAACAAGGAGGGCAGAUUCAUUUCGUUACCCUAAAACAGGCACAGCAAAUCCAAAAGUCACUUUUAAGAUGUCGGAAAUAAUGAUCGAUGCUGAAGGAAGGAUUAUAGAUGUCAUAGAUAAAGAACUAAUUCAGCCUUUUGAGAUUCUGUUUGAAGGAGUUGAAUAUAUUGCCAGAGCUGGAUGGACUCCAGAGGGAAAACAUGCUUGGUCCAUCCUACUAGAUCGUUCCCAAACUCGCCUACAGAUAGUGUUGAUCUCGCCUGAAUUAUUUAUCCCAGUAGAGGAUGAUGCCAUGGAAAGACAGAGACUCAUCGAAUCGGUGCCUGACUCUGUGACGCCACUCAUUAUCUAUGAAGAAACCACAGACAUCUGGAUAAAUAUCCAUGACAUCUUUCAUGUUUUUCCCCAAACUCGUGAAGAUGAAAUUGAAUUUAUUUUUGCCUCUGAAUGCAAAACAGGUUUCCGUCAUUUAUAUAAAAUCACAUCCAUCUUAAAGGAGAGCAAAUAUAAACGAUCCAGUGGUAGGCUGCCUGCCCCAAGUGAUUUCAAGUGUCCUAUCAAAGAGGAAAUAGCGAUUACCAGUGGUGAAUGGGAAGUUCUUGGUCGGCAUGGAUCUAAUAUCCAGGUUGAUGAAGUCAGAAGGCUGGUGUACUUUGAAGGCACCAAAGACUCCCCUUUAGAGCACCACCUGUACGUGGUCAGCUAUGUGAACCCUGGAGAGGUGAUGAGGCUGACUGACCGUGGCUAUUCCCACUCCUGCUGCAUCAGCCAGCACUGUGACUUUUUUAUAACUAAGUAUAGUAACCAGAAGAUUCCACACUGUGUAUCCCUUUACAAACUGUCAAGUUCUGAAGAUGACCCAACUUGUAAAACAAAGGAAUUUUGGGCCACCAUUUUGGAUUCAGCAGGUCCUCUUCCUGACUAUACUCCUCCAGAAAUUUUCUCUUUUGAAAGUACUACUGGAUUUACAUUGUAUGGGAUGCUGUACAAGCCUCAUGAUCUACAACCUGGAAAGAAAUACCCCACUGUGCUCUUCAUAUAUGGUGGUCCUCAGGUCCAGUUGGUGAAUAAUCGGUUUAAAGGAGUCAAGUAUUUCCGCUUGAAUACCCUGGCCUCUCUGGGUUAUGUGGUUGUGGUGAUAGACAACAGGGGAUCCUGUCACCGAGGGCUAAAAUUUGAAGGCGCCUUUAAAUAUAAAAUGGGUCAAAUAGAAAUUGAUGACCAAGUGGAAGGUCUCCAGUAUCUAGCCUCCCGCUAUGACUUCAUUGACUUGGAUCGUGUAGGCAUCCAUGGCUGGUCCUAUGGAGGAUACCUCUCCCUGAUGGCGCUAAUGCAGAGGUCUGACAUCUUCAGGGUUGCUGUUGCCGGCGCCCCAGUCACUCUGUGGAUCUUCUAUGAUACAGGAUACACAGAACGUUAUAUGGGUCACCCUGACCAGAAUGAGCAGGGCUACUACUUAGGAUCUGUGGCCAUGCAAGCAGAAAAGUUCCCCUCUGAACCAAAUCGUUUACUACUCUUACAUGGGUUUUUGGAUGAGAAUGUCCAUUUUGCACACACCAGUAUAUUACUGAGUUUUUUAGUAAGGGCGGGAAAGCCAUAUGAUCUACAGAUCUAUCCUCAGGAGAGACACAGCAUCAGAGUUCCUGAAUCGGGAGAACAUUAUGAACUGCAUCUUUUGCACUACCUUCAAGAAAACCUUGGAUCACGUAUUGCUGCUCUGAAAGUGAUAUAAUUGUGUCCUGUGUAGAACUCUGGUAUACACUGGCUGUUUAACCAAACGAGGUUUAGUCAGUAGAGAACACGGAAUCGAUCAUCAGAUUUUGGUACCCGUCACAUAACAUCUUCUGAAAGUGAAUUUGGUGCCAUGCAGGCAUCUGCAGCUUGUGAAUAGCACUGUAAUACCUUAACCAUACACACAGACACACACACACAACUGAGUGAUACUGAUUUCUAAGGGAUCCAGCAAUACCAUGAAAAUUACUGAAAGAAAUAAGACAUUAGCACCACAUGUCCAUACUUUCCUAUUUUCACUUUUUAAUAGCAUUAUAAACCUCAUGGACUUAAUUAGUGUAUUUUUACAGUAUACUUCUGAGUUUGCUCAAAUAUGAUCUUAGUGAUCAGUUUGGUUCAUUUCCAGAAUCUCUGACUAGUUACAGAUUUGAUAGCACUUAAGUGUAAUGAAUACCUUAUGCUUCAUUGCUUGGGAUAUAUCCAGCAUGUUAAGACUAAUCACUGUUAAAUCUCUGAUUUAACCAGUUAAUGAUUUUUCAAGGAUAACUUAGCGGCCUCCUAAACAUACUUAUUUUGGCUUUGACCAGUUUUUAGCCAAUUUAAACUGUAUUUAGUAUAAAUACUUCUCAUUUUUCUUUGAUGAUAUGACAGAAUGGAUUUUUUUCCUUUCUCAUAAAGGCAAGUGACUGUAUAUGUAGCAUGGAUUUAAUUAGUUUUAUAAUGUUGAUAAUUACAGGCAGAAAAGAUUUAAUCAAAUGAUUAGAGAGCUUAAAUAUUUGCAGGCAAGGCAUCUCCUUCCCCCUUACCCUUCAGGAAAAGAAAAAAGUACAGAUUUACUCAAAUUCAGAAAAUUUAGGGCCAGUUUCCAUUUGAUGUUUCCUUGUUAAAACACACCAGUGUUUUAGGGAGGUGGAAGAGAAUCACAGUAGGGUGGGGAGGGAGAGGGAGAGGAGGCGCCAAGGGUCUGCUUAAGAACUAAGCAGAAGUAUUUUCAACAAAAACAGCCAUGAAACACAUUGGGGAAGUAAAAUUUAAACUCCUAGAAUGUUAGUUAAGGAAACCAGAAUUGCAGUCUUUUUUUUUUUUUUUUUUGGUACCGGGGAUUGAACUUGGAUCCUGGCGAUUUUGAGGCAGGUGGUGGAACCACUGAGCUAAAUCCCCGGCCCAAGAAAUCAGUCUUUUAACCCAGCUGCAGACUAACAUUAUUCAGGGGAAUAAAGUUCCAUAGAGUUAUAAUUCCAAUUUUUAUGGUUUUUUCCUUCAAUUUUAGAAACCUUACAUAUUUAAACUUUAUCCUUCUUAAAUUAUUGAAUGUAACUUGGAUAUUGUGAGCUUAAAAUAAAAAGGUUUUCUGACAAGCUCUUUACUAUAAUCCCCGGCAAGCCUGGCUCUCUUUUGCCAUGUUAAAAGCCCAUCUCGGAUGGCUAGGAUAUUUUCCUGGUUUGGCCCUUGCACUUAAUUAUGAAGGGAGCCCCUACCAGUUGAGAUCUGCCCUGGCAGAGUCUUCGGGCAUUGCAUGGGUCCCCUCGGAGCCAGCAGCAGGCAAGGUGGCUCUGAGUUUGACCCUUUUUGUCACAGGCUUCAGUGUUUAGAAAGUCGUUCCCAGUACCUUUCUCUCCCACUCUAAGAACAGUGGCUCUAUUUUUUCUCACCACUCAGAGUCUGCUUCUCGCACAGAGCACAGUCUGUAGCAGUAACUGGAUGGUGACCGUGUGUCACAGGUGGCCUUUGUCACAGAGCCAGGGGGAAGUUGGAGGAGCUCCAGAAAGGGCAGGUUGCCCUGGGGCUUCUGUUGUUGGGCAUCAGGGAUUGGGUUUGCUGGUUGUGUAUUUAUACUGUAUAAUAGAUCCUACACUUUUCCUUAUUUUCUGUAUAUGUAUUGAUUUUCAUGUUUAUGGUAUUUUCUCAUGCCAAGAUUUGUUUAUAUUUUUUCAAUGUUAAAUUAAAUUGAUUUGGGUAACUUUUCUUCCCCAAGAAAGUAUUUUCCCUCAUGACCUAAAUAUGUAUCUCACUGCUAAGGGUGGUAUUUUUUGGACUCGUUGGCCUCCAAGGAUCUCUUCUUACGUGAAUUAUAUGCAGAGUAGAAAUGGUAUAAAGUAGCUUUUAGACAGCUACUCAUUUGAAACCUCUUACCCAUUAAGGUUUUCUUCAAUAUAAUAUCUUUUGUUACCAAAACAAACCUUAGAAAGCAGCAUAUACUUCUGAGUUCACAGGGGCUUUCCGUUUGCAUCUUGUCUUUCCUCCUAUCACCAGGAAUGCUCCUUUUAUAACCUGCAGUCGUUGAAGGCCAUUCUGCUUCUCUGGGGGGAAAAUACCCGACUGAAUUUACCUGCAAAAGGAUGACCAGUGUGGAAAGCAUAGUCAACUGACGAGGUUAAUAGAAAGCACAUUGGAAUUAUUUGUACCCUGAUUAGGAUAACAGUGUAAAAGACAUGAAUAAAAAAGUAGCAACAGUUCAGUAAGAGCCAAAAAGCAGUAGGGUAAACAGCAAACUGGGUUUAUAGGCAUAAUAAAUGCAGUUGAACAACCAUCAGCAAAAAUAAUUAUUGAGCUUUGGAGAGCAGUGAAACCCAAAAUCUAAGAUGCAUCUGGGAUGCUUACUAAAAGAAAUGUGGUCUGGAACUUUGUACUCAGAAAUUUGGAUUCCGUUGGUUUGAGUGGAGACUAGAAAAUUGCGUUUCUUUUUAAAAAUUAAUUUUAUUGGUAAACUUUUGAUAUCCAUAAUGAUCACAUUUAUCAUAGGGAAUUUGUACCUGUACAUAACAUAUCUUGAGUUUUCUGUUUUUCUCCACUCCCUUUCCCUCCCUUCAGCCCUUCUUUUCCUCUUCAUUUACAAAAGCUUUGGGAAAUUGCAUUUCUGAUCAGCUUUCUAGGUGAUUCUAUAUCAAGUAUCUUGUGGACUACUUAAGAAACUCUUCCUUAGAGAAAGGAGUUUGAGUUGAGAAAAUAAUAGGUGAUUUUUACACAGGACUGACUCAUAACAGCCUAAAACAAUAGUCAAGAAAGCUGUUGGCCUGGGAUAGCGCUUGGCCCCUUCUCACUCUGAAAGCAGCAGGAGAUGUUAACAUCGUCUCCCCGGUUGUCUGCAGAUUCGUCUUGGAAUGAAUGUUUUUUCUCUGGGCCAUUCCUGGCUCCUUUCCAAAGCUUCACACGAGAAGAUGAAGUCACAGUGCAUGAAUUAUCUUUUAAAAGAAUGAAAUGUAGAGAACUGAUGCUAACUUUCUAAAUUACUUGUAUUCCUUACAAAAGAUAUAGCCCACCUUUCUAUAACAUUGUUCUCUCUUUAGGGGUAGGAUGAUUCCAAUGCAGUUUGUCAUUAUUGAAUCAUAAGUUUUCAAGCUGGAGUAAGUCUUUGAUAUAAUCUAAUGAUCUCAUGUGCUAGAGGAAGACCCUGCCUAGUAGAGAGAGAAGGAAGUAUACCCAUGGCCACACAGCCAGUUAGUAUUCCGUUGGUACUAGACUCCAUCCAGAUGUCCUGCCAUGUGGUGACUAAAUGAUAUAUAGAAAAGGCAGGUUUUAAAACAAGUAUUUAUUAAUAUAUUCCUGAAAAACAUUUUAAAGGUAACCACAUAAAAUGGUUAAUUUUUCCAUUCUAAAUUAAAUGCUAAGCAUGCUUAUUAAUGAAGCAGUACUUCUAAUCGGUAUAUUCUGAAGUUAAUUAAAAUCAUUACACUAAAUGUGGGGAAUUGGGAUAUAGAGUAGAGCCCUUACUUAAGCCCAGGAGCCCAACUUAGAGCUAUCUUAUAUUUUUUACAAAAGGGACAUGGGCCAUAUCUAAACUAAGAGGUAAUGUGAGUGCCCUUUCCCAGCAGAGAGAGGAAUGAGGAAACUUCCCUGACUCCUGGCCUGACCUCCCCACCUGCCAGCCCAGAGUUCAUUAGUGCAAGGUGCUGGGUCUAGGUAGUAGUCUCACAAGUCCCACUGAGAGAGAGAAGUCUUGUUUGUAUGUUUGUUUUUAAACAACCUCAAUACAAGUUUGUGUUAUAUUCAGCAAAAUUGGAGUUGAGGUCUUUCAUUCUGGAGCAUAAGUGCCUGCUGUUUUAAGCACUGACUUGUACAAAUGAAUUGCAUGUCUCAGUCUAGUAAGUUUAAGGGUGUUCUCAUUAUCAGCUACAUAGCUUUUCAUCAUGGAAAGUGAAACAUUAGUUUUGUUGCAUUUUAUUACAGGUUCUUGGUUGCAAUAAAGAUGCUGCUGAAAUUAA